AUGUCAUCCGACAUAGAUGAAUUACCGAGUAGUCGUUAUCGUACAGAUAUUUUAUCAGAAGAAUCAUCACCAGGAAAUGAAAUGCUUAUUAACAAAGAUGAAGUACAUUUCGUUGAUCAGCUAACUGAUCAAUUUAACCCAUCUCAACGGGUUUAUGGAAAUGUUACAAUGAUUGAUUAUGUAUACAAGAAUAUCAGUCAAGUAGAUAAAUUUCUGUUGAUCGCACCUGGUGAUAUUCUCAAAAUAUUGCUUGAUUAUCCAAUUUAUCUCUUUCCACAAGUCAUAUAUGUCUAUGCAUACUAUGAUAAUGCUAAUAAUCUCGAACGAGAUAAAAAUUUUUAUCAAAAAGAAUAUCCAAAAAUUAAGUUUGUUCAUGAAAGAAAUGCAGAAACACAAAUAUUUGAAAAAUUAAUGGUUAAUCAUGCUAUUAGUUCAUUGAGAUUGAUUGAACGUGAAACAUUAAAUAGUGUUGUAUCAUCGAUGGAACAACGUAUUAGUACUAAACGAUCAAAUGCUGCUAGUUGCCAUUCAAAAAAACCAAAAAUACUUUCUGUCGCGACAGAUUGUAUAUGUCCAUAUUGUAAAUUAAUAUUUCGGGAGCCUUAUCAACUCAAUUGUGGACAUCGUUGUUGUGAAUCAUGUAUUAAUUUUACAGAUAACAAAAUGAUCUGUUUAACAUGUUCUGAAGUCUCAACUAAUGAAAAUAUUCGCUCUGAUCGCGGUUUUUCUAUAGACAUGCAACAGCAAUCAAUAUCUUGUUCGAUAUGUACUUGGGUUGGAUCUUUAGUACUUUAUCAAUAUGAUCAUAGCAAUCUUGGUCAAACUGUAAAUAAGAGUGGAAUACAACAAGAAAUUCUGUUGAAUAUUUUUUCACCUUCAUGUACUAUAUUUCUACCACAUUAUAGUAGCACAAUUAAUGAUCAACAUUGUAACAAUAUUAAUUUCGAUAUUAUAGCUCAAGAACUUAAAUCAAUACAACAAACUUUAGAUAGUACAUUAUCUACUUCUUAUUGUGGCGCAUAUACAUGGAAAAUAAAUAAUAUCCGACAGAAAAUAGUUGAUGCACAAACCGGGCGACAAAAAUCGAUUUAUUCAUCGGUAUUUUAUUCAUCACAAUCAGGCUAUAAAAUGUGUUUAAGAUUAUAUUUAAAUGGUGAUGGUGAUGUUCGUGAUACACAUAUGUCUUUAUUCUUAGUUAUAAUGCGAGGUAAAUAUGAUGCUAUUCUUUACUGGCCAUUUUCUUAUCAAGUAUCAUUUUGUUUAAUGGACCAAUCACCAUUAAAUAAUAAUCGACGUCAUAUAACAGCUUUGUUUGAGCCUGAUAUACGAUCAGAUUGUUUUCAACAACCUGUUUAUAGUAUGAAUCAUGGUUAUGGUAUUAAAGAUUUUAUGUCUCUCAUGGAAUUCGAACAAAAUAAAAGCCUUUAUGUAAUAGAUGAUAUAAUGUUUAUUGAAGCUAAAAUUAAUUUUUUUAGCGAGAGACCUGCUAUGUCAUCGAUCUCGCAUACAGUUGGAUCACCUAAUGAUGAAGAAUAUGUGGAUACAAUUGGUGAAGAUUUUACAAAUAUAAAUUAA